CGCUCGGCGUCCUGCCUCUCUCUCCUUUGCCCCUCCCUCGCUCAAUCGCGCACGCCCUGGCUCCUCGCUGAGGCUAGGACAGCUACGCCGACACCCUCUCUCCCUCUUUGGACUUUGGCGAAUUCAGUGGUGGUCUCGCUCCAGCGUCCCACCCACCUCUCCCCUUCUCCCUUCUCCGAUUCAACAUGGCUCACGGAUCUUCCAAGAAGAAGGCCCCUGGCGCUGAGAGCCCUUUCUCCAUGGUCACCGCCAAUCUCUACAUGCAUCUCCUGCCGGCCGACAUGGGUGACCCCCGCCGGGGCAUCGACCAGCGUCUGAAUGCCAUGCUGCUGCAUCACUCGCAGCACAUUGGCGGCACGGUCCUCUCCUACUCGGAUGUUCAGUUCCUUGACGAUGCUGGCAAGCCGGCCUCCAGCACCAAGAACAUUGUCUCCGGCCGCAUCAUCAACGAUGCCCCAUUCAUUCAUGUGACCGUCCGCGCGAAGUUCCUCGUUUUCAAGCCCAAGGUUGGCAGCCAGCUGGUGGGCUCUGUCAUCAAGAUCGGUCCGGAUCAGGUCGGUAUGCUGGUCCUCGGCCUGUUCAAUGCCUCCAUUCCCACGGAGAACCUGGGCUCGGAGUUUGCCUACGACUAUUCGGAAGGCGUUUAUCGCAAGGCCUCCAAGUCCGGCAGCGAAGUGGCCAUUGCCGUCGGCACCCGGCUGGCUUUCUCCGUGCAGCGUCUCGACACUGUCAAUGGUAUCUUGGCCAUGACUGGGUCUCUGCGUGGAAGCUCGGCCAUCAUCUCCGGGCCGGAGCUGGCUCCGCACUCGCGCAGCGCGACCGCUCGCCUGGCUGUGUCCACCUCCACCGAGGACCUGAUUCAGACUGAGGGCAGCGACGAUCCGGACUCCGAUGACUUCGACCCGGUGGCCGCGGCCAUGGCCGAUGCCGCCAGUGAGAUUCGCUCUGCCGCCAACAAGUCCACCGACAAGAAGAAGUCCAAGGAGAAGGUCAGUCGCAAGCAUGAGGAAACCACCGACCAGGCUGCCUCUGAACGCAAGUCCAAGAAGUCUCGGAAGUCCUCCUCUGAUUGAGAAGGCGACAAGAGUAUGCCCUGGUUAAUGGUCCUUACUUUUGGGCCUUCCCCCCUCCUCUCCUCUUGGAGGCUUGGGUGGAAGGGGAAAGCCACGAUCAAAGAUCACCAAGCGCUUCGCCGCGGGCUGCGUUCCCCCCCCCCC